AUGCACCAAUCACAGAAAUUUCCUCCGGGUGUAGUUGUUAGAAGUUUAAAUAUACCUUUACCUAAACCUAAACAAGUCAGGGCUGUUAAAGUAACAAGGACAUUACAAGAAUUUGGAUUAGAAUUACAAAAGGCCAUAAAAGCAUUAUUAGAAAUAAAGAAAAGAGUAGAUAAACAUGAAUAUGAAUUAAAAAUUAAAUUAAAAAAGAUAAGCUCGGGCAUUUAA